AUGUGCGGAGGACCCAGAGAGAAUCGCCUAGGGGAACGGCCGAGCACGACGUUCCUCUCGGUUGUUCUUGAUGUGCCCUUUAGCAAUACGUGCCUGGCACUUGAGCAGAGCCGCCGGAAAGACCUGUUGUGGAAGCGAGGUUCUGAGAAACGAUGCAAAAAUGCGCCAAACUGAAAAAAAAACGACUCUUUGAAACGAAAAAAAAAGAAGGAAAUUCAACGAACCCAGCGGGAACGAAAUGAAAUUGAACAUGGUUCUUAAAAAAACAGUUUCAUUUUUUUGGUUUUCACUCAUGUUUUAACAAUAAAUUGGUAUGAUAUUAUUAGGAAUGAUAUUUCUGCAGUUAGGAGGAGAAUUAGAUGAAAAAGGACCUCUAAACUCCCGUAAAAAAACUGAAAAUUUUUAAUUUAUCAUAUUUUGAGUCUAUUUUUUCUUUAUCAUUCAAUCUCUCAGAAAUGAUCUUUUCUAAAACAUAGGAUUAAGCUUUCAGAUUCAAUGUUAACUAAAAAAAGAGCAGAAAAAGAAAAAGUUUUUUUAUUCAUCUCUCUCAUCAGAAAACUUUUUCUUUCAAAUCUCUGAUAAAAACAAUUUUUAUCACUGAUAAUGCAAGCUUUCAUAGUAUUCCUAGGCGGAUCAGCGUGUGCCUUGGUCGGAAAAAGGGCGGCAUUCCAGCGUUCGUCGGUUGCAAAGGGCAUUUGUCGGCGCGCCUGGAGUCUCGCCGCCGGUUAUAGUCACUGCAGGCGGUUUUUCCGAGUGAGCAAUGCUCAUGUCUGGCGUCUCGCCUAUUCUGUUCCGUGGAUCAAGUUCGAGCGAGAACGGGAGGCCGAACCGACCAAGGGACUUUUCGGAAAAAAGUACUAG